AUGAUUCGAACUUCAAACGUGCGUUCACUUAUCUGAGCAUCGUUCCUGAGUAGAUUAGCUUUUGGAUUUAUACUACCAAAUGAAUCUUGUGGAAUGCGAUACUAUGAUAGUGAUUUUCCAGUUGACUCCCGUUUGUUUGAGCAUCCCUGGCUUGUGCGAUUCGGUUAUGAAAGCAAUAAUUCUGUGAACUACGUCUUUCAAGGAGUUCUAGUGAAUAAAAGAUAUGUACUAACAACGGCGUUCGUCGUACAAUUUAAGCUCUUGGGGCAACUCACAUAUGCUCGAGUAGGUGAACAUAAUAGCUCAACUAACGUUGACUGUGAAGUGUUCGUUUCAGAAAAUGAAACGUGUGCUCAACCCGUUCAGGAUAUUGUCGUAGACGCGAUCAUUGUGCAUCCAGAUUACGACGUGAUCCAACAAAACAACAAUAUUGCUCUCGUGAAGCUAAGGACAUUGGCCAACAUAGAUAGCCCUUCGGUAGCUCCUAUUUGUCUAUCUGAUCGAGAACUUCAUACAGAAAGCCCUAUUUUACUGCUCGCUUCCUGGUGUGGUCGAAGGGAAACAGGACUAUCGUUGAUACCAAAGCAAUAUCACAUGAAACAAAUCAGUCCCUAUGAUUGUCAAUUACUCAUGCCCAGCUACAGAGCGACUAUGUCGCAAGAGAUGUUUUGCAUAGUUUUCGACGAAAGACACACACUGCCUACUGAACAGGCUCAAGAACCAAACUUACGCGGUGGCGGAGGUGCACCAGUUUACACAGUACACGAAGGAAAUAAAAUUGUUCUGCUCGGAUUGCUCUCGUAUGGACCACGUUAUCCAGCUAAGCUCCACGAGCCAUACAUCAUCACAUCCGUUGCUCCUUUUCAUGAUUGGAUCGUGGAAGUGAUAAUACGAGAUUUGGAAAAGCAAAUCCUUGAUACCACGAUAUCUUAGUUUGUAUCCAACAAAUUGUGAUCGUGAAAUAAAUCGUCUCGGCGUAGUUGAAAAUUUCUUAAGGGAAAUUUUGAAAACACGACCGCAGAAAAUAUUGUGAGCA